GUGCAUAUGAGGAUAUGUUAGAAAAGCAAGUAGCUUGUUAUGGAUUACCAUUUGGAACAUUUGGUUCUAUCUGUUGGGCUUUAUCAACUGCUUCUAGUUUAUUAUUGUAUGUAAACAUUCCUCUAUUUUCACCGUGGAAGUGGGGUAAACCUCACCAAUCUCAAACUCCAUGGAUAUUUUUCAUAUCAUCUGUUUUGACAAUCGGCCCUACCAUUUCUACGUGUAUUCGGUGUAAAGAUUAUUGGCCAUUUACUGUUAUAGCGAUCGGACAGCUUUCUCCUUGGAGUUUCAAAAUGUUUAACGAUGGUUUAGCAUCUUCGACUAAAGAGCAUAAUGAGGAUCAUUCAGGUCGUGAUCUUUGUUACUCGAUUUCUGGUGGAAUAUUAUCAUGUAUACUGGGUUUUGCUGGUUGGGUAGGUUUGACAGCAUUAUACAUUGGUUUGAUUCAUGAAUCACAUGCU